AUGAGUUAUAUGUUACCGCACCUUGACAGCGGCUAUGCCGUUGAUCAAGCCAUCCUCAGCGAAGAGGACCGUGUUGUAAUCAUCAGAUUCGGGCAUGACUGGGAUCCGGCCUGCAUGAAGAUGGACGAAACUCUUUAUCACGUUGCUGACAAAAUCAAGAACUUUGCAGUCAUUUACCUCGUGGACAUCACGGAGGUCCCAGACUUCAACACCAUGUACGAGUUGUACGACCCAGUCACCGUCAUGUUCUUCUUCAGGAACAAGCACAUCAUGAUCGAUCUGGGAACGGGAAACAACAACAAGAUUAACUGGGCUCUACAGGACAAGCAGGAGUUCAUCGACAUUGUUGAGGUGGUGUAUCGAGGAGCGAGGAAGGGCCGCGGUCUGGUGGUUUCGCCCAAGGACUACUCCACCAAGUACAAAUACUAAGACAAGACAAGGACCAGAGGAGAAGAAGAGGAGAGAGGAGGAGGAGAGGAGGAGAGAGCAUGCAAGGACUUUGGACUUGUUGCCCUGAGAGUUUUGCGCUCUCUGGUUUUGUCAGGAGAUUUUCGAGCUUGAACUCUCACCCUAAUACUGAUUGCUUGCCUGACAAUAAAGAAGAGAACCUGUUG